AUGAUAAAAUUAAUUUUAUCAAUAAUUUUAAUAAUAUGUUUUAUUAUUAAUUCAAUUGAAAGUUUUAAAAUGAUAACUUUAACAACUGGACCACCAAGUGAUUUGGGUUGGAAUAAUAUGAUUAAUCUAGGUAGAAUUGGUGUAACUAAAGCAAUGGAUAUUGAAGAUUCAAGAUUAUUUGUAGUUUCUGGAAGAAAUGAUACUUAUGAGUUAUUAUUACCAAUCAUUCAAAAUGAUGAUAUUGAUUUAGUAAUUUGUUCCAGUCUUGACCAUGGCGAUGCAUGUAAAGAAAUUGCUGCAAUGUAUGUCAAUAGUACAGAGAUUAAAACUCAAUUUCUAGUAAGAGGUAGUGGAGCAACAACCAAGAACUUAAUUCAAUUCACUUACAACUACGCAUCGGUGAAUUACCUCAGCGGCAUGUUUGCAGGCUUGCAAACCAAAACCAACAAAAUUGGCUUCAUCUCACCUGGCAUCACUGCAGGCGCCAGUGAUUGUUUUGUGUAUGCUUUCUGGCUCGGUGCUAAAAGUGUUAAUCCAAAUAUCAAAUUCUACUACUACAACAUCGGUAGCUACCUAGACAAAGACAAGACCAAAGGCGCCGCCGAGAAUCUCAUCGAUGUCUACGACUGUGACGUCAUUGGUGAUACAUUGGACGACUUCACCGCCAGCAAUGUGGCGAUCUCCCGUGGCAGAUACGCCAUUGGCACAAACGGGUUCCCACAGAGGGAUGUGUAUGGCGAGAAUGUAGUUUAUACAUAUGCAUACAAUUGGACUAAAUAUUUCGUUCCAAUCGCAUCUGCUGUUAAAAAUAAAAUUCCACCAAGCAAAUGGUAUGCUGAUUUUAAUAAAGAUAAUAACCUAAGUUUGUACGACCUUAGUUUUGGUUUCCAAGUUUCAGCAGAGACUAAAUUUAAAAUUAUAAAUCAAACUAAAUCAUUUGCAUCCUAUGUCAGAACUCUUCAUCCAUACUUUUGUAAUGAAUAUAUGGAAGGAUACACUCAAAAAUAUAAUUUAACAAGACAACCAAACACAACAAACUGUAUAACUACCACCGGUUUCAUUGGUAUAGAUGCUCCAGUUGGUGAUAUGAAUUAUUUAGGAAAUUAUACAAUUAAAUUUUCAAAAGUUGAAUUCCAAAGAUCAAUACAAAUUGGAUUUUCAAUUGUGUCGGGAUUAUUAAUUGGGUUUGUAAUUUUAAUGAUGAUUGGUAUUGUUAAAUAUCAAGAUACACCAUCGAUUCGUUCAGCAAGUCCAUCUUUCUUAAAUCUUACAUUAUUGGGUGGGGUAAUUAUUUUUAUUGGUAUUAUUGUUUGGGUUGCACCAAUUAGUACACAUCAAUGUAAUGCAAGAUUUUGGUUGGUUACAAUUGGAUUUUCAACAUUGAUUGGUAGUUUGGUUGUGAAAAAUAUUAGAAUUUGGUUAAUAUUUGAUAAUCCGGAAUUAAAGAUACGUACAAUUACAAAUAACCAAUUAUACCCAUGGGUUGGAUUAUGUUUAGUAAUUAAUAUUGUAUUGAUGUCAAUUAUUACAACGGUGGGUGAUUUAAAGGCAAUCGAAGCACAGGGUAUUGAUUCGUUGGGUAAAUUUGAGUACAUGACAAUUUGUAAAAUGAAUUAUACUGGUGCGGCUACUUUGUAUUCGAUAUUGGCUUAUUUCGGUACACUUUUAUUGGUGGGUGUAUUUGUGUCAUGGAAAAUUCGUAUUGUACAUAUUGAGGAGUUUAGUGAAUGUACAGCAAUUGCCAAAACUUUAUAUUCAAUUAGUUUUUGUUUAUUCGUUAUUGUACCACUAAUGAUAUCACCACAAGAUAAACAAUCUGAAACUAUCAUACUUUGUGUUACUGGUAUUUUCAUUACAACUGGUGCUUUGUUAAUCUUUUUCUUACCAAAGUUUUGGAGAAUAUUUGGUAAUGAAAAACAAGGAUCACAUGAACAUUUCACUCAAAGAAAACAAUCAGCUGUUGCCUCUGCUCGUGCUGAAAGUGCAAAUCGUAACAAUAGUUCAAAUAGUUUUGGUUUUUCAAAAUCUUCUGCUCAAAUUGGAAAUACUAUAAGUGGUAUUGAAAGUUUAAAUGAUGAUUCAAAUGAAUCUUCAUUAUCAAAUGAAACUAAAUAA